AUGCCGGGCAAGCGCAAGAAGCCCCUCGUGGACUCGACUCCCGUCUACACCUAUCAAUGCGUCAAGAAGAAGCUCAAUCAGCUCUGCGACCUCGACUUCCUGAUCGACGAGAUCUGCACGAUGGCAUCGGAGCUCAAGCUAGUCGGCUUGCUGGGAUGGAAGAUUGCUGGCAUGCACCGUCAAUUCGGGCCCCAUGAGGCGCGCGAUGUGGAGACCAUCACCAUCAACAUGCUGGCUCUCCACUUUCGACGGUGGCUUCACCAGUACAUCCGAUUCCGCUACGCGAAGACGGGCAAGCUCCAAUUCGGCUAUAAGGCGAUGCGGAAGCUCGUUGCUGGCUACUAUCGUGUCAAGAAGGCCCCCCACCUCGGCGUCGAUGGCGCGGACACCGGCAAGGUGGUCUAUGUAUGGGGCGAACCAAGAUCCACUGCGGAGCGCGAGCUCCGCGACUGGCUUGGCUUCGUGCCCUGGGAGUGGCGCAUUCGCCAAAACCCGACGCACUUUAUCGUGAAGCUGUGCGGCAUGCUCCAGUGGAUGGAUGCAUUUGUCGAGAAGCACCCAAAGACGAAAGGCGCGUGUCUCUACUCCCUGCUUCCGUACUCCAGCUCCUUCGUCCCCGCACACGUGACGCUAAACAUUACGUCGCUGCAUCAAGUGUUCCGCCGGCUUUUCACGGACCCUGAACGACAGAUUUAA